AUGGAUCCUGAUGCGCCAAUACAGGAUGAAGCCGAGCCCUCAGUCUUCCGCUGGAUCUUGGGCUUUCUGAUGGUUGGCGCGUGCUGGGGCCUGACCACUCCUUUCAUGCGAAAAGCUGCCAUGAACUACACACCUCCGCACCGUCCUUCCCUCACCGAUCCCAACAACUCGUGGCUCAAGAAGAAGAUACUCGGGGUAGUCUACGCAGUAAUCGGCGUGCUUUCAAGGCCAGCGUACGCAGUACCCCUCCUGCUGAACGUUACGGGGAGUGUGUGGUUCUUCAUCCUAAUUGGGAAAGCCGAGUUAAGUCUCACGGUGCCUAUCACGAACUCACUGGCCUUCUUGUUCACGGUGCUGGGGGAGUGGUGGGCCGAGAAGAAGGUCAUAAGUCGAGAUACCUGGAUAGGCAUGGCAUUUGUGCUUACUGGCAUUGGGCUAUGUGUACAGAGCAAAACGUAG